AUGGUCAAAGCAGAUGAUAAGAAGGUCGGGAAGAAGGGCGUGCGAGCCCCUUCACGGAAGGGUACAUCAAGAGGUAGAAAGAACAAAUCAGGGGAGGUGAUUCCUCAGGAGGAGGAAUUGCCUGACCAGCAAGGUGGAAAUGAUGAAGCAGCGCACAGCAAUAUUCUCAUCAUAGGGGAUGAGAAUUUGACCUUUUCGGAGUUAGUAAUUGAUGCCUAUCCGUCCGCCCACAUUUACAUAGCGAGCACCUCCACCGAGUUAGAAAUGGAUCACCUGCUGCGAGACCUAGAGAAGCGCAAAAGGAGGAAGCUCCAGGACGAAGCCAUGCAACAGGACGAAGCGAUGCAACAGGACGAAGCCAUGCAGCAGGACGAAGCCAUGCAGCAGGACGAAGACGUCCCGAUUGAGAAGACCCCCUUUUACUACACAAGGAAGUUUUUGAAGGAGCACGCGGACAAGAGAGUCUACGUCAUUUUCAGCGCUAAUUUGUUUUAUUUGGGUUCGCACUUUCCGAAUGGCUUCUUCGACACGGUGUUUUUGGUUCUCCCAGGCCUCUGCUACAGCAUCCGGGAGACCGGACUCAAGUACAACGACAAGGUAACGGCACUUCGGAUUUAUUAUUUUCUCAUUUGUGUACUGAUCGAAAUUGUGCAAGUGUGCCAAAAGAAUGCCGAUAUUCACGUAUUUUGGACUACGGAGAAGUUAACCAAGUUUACUGAUGAUGAGGAGGAGCCUAGCGACUUGGUGGAGAAGGGAGAGGUGGACGAUAAGGUGGACGACAAGGUGAAUGAGGGAGGGGAGAUCAAACGAGAGAGUAUUCACGAGACAUUAAAUACCUUGAAGAAUCUGAUGUGCAGUGGCAAGGGGGAGGAAGAAGCAGGUCAGCAGGGAGAAGGUCCCGACGAGGGAGAGAACGUAGAUGCUGUCGGGGAGGCGAAUUGUGACGCUACCGAAGAACCGAAUGGAGAAGCCGCAGCGGAACCGAAUGGAGAAACAGCCGCGGAACCGAAUGGAGAAAGCGCCGCCGAUUUUAAUGGAGAAAGCGCGGCCGACUUGAAUGGCGACACUGGCGAAGGAGCGGUUGAGUCACAGGCGGACCCAGAACAAGAGAAGGAAAACGAGAGGGACAACGGUAGCACUCAAAACAAGGAGAAAACGACAGAGGAACCCAUCGACGAACCCGCAGAGGAACCCACGGAAGAGCCAGCGGAGGGAGGGGGAGACGUGUGCAUCAAACUGUCAAGUUACGCGAACAUGUACGCAGAGGAGGAGGAGCCGGGGAAGGGUAGCGCCGGCGGGGAGGACGAGGAGGGUGCGAACAAUGCGGAGGUGGGCAAGGAUGGUAAGGAGAGCGACAAAGGCGAGGACGAUGGUGAUGGUGACGACGAUGACGACGGUGAUGACGACGACGAUGACGACGAUGACGACGACGACGACGAUGACGAUGGCGACGACGAUGUGACUCGGUUCUCCCACCUCUUCGACGCGGAGGCGAAGAAUAAAAACGACAGUCCCGUCACAGCAGAGGAGAAAGAAGCACGAGAAACGUCCGAAAUAGUGACCUACGUGAUAGAAAAGGUCAUGAAAUUAUUUUCCUUCGAUGAGCAGGAUGAAGGAGAAGAAGCUGAGGAGGAGAAGGAGAAGGAGGAGGAGAAGCAGGAGGAGGAGAAGAAGGAGGAGAAAAAGAAGGGGAAGAAGAAGCAGAAGAAGGAGGAGAAGCAGGAGGAGGAGAAGCAGGAGAAGCAGGAGAAGAAGAAGGAAAAAAACCCAAGAUGGACAUAAAUGGCACUUAUAUUAGAACCGAACUUCACUCGUGAGUUCCCUGUGGAGAGUUACUCCUUUUUGAGAAGGAGAUUUUUUCAAGAGUUCCAUGAGAAGGUUAAGUCAUGCACCACGAUAAAGGAUCAGUUGAGUCACAUCAGCCAAAUGCGAUACAAGCUGUACGUACAGCACGUGAGGAGUAGCGUCUCUGCGGGAGGGAGGAGGUCCCAUUUGUCCUAUUAUUUAUUUCAGGCCGAGUUGAAUAGCCAAAUGAGGAGAGGGAGUCCGUGCGGGGAGAAGCCGGCCGGCGGUAAGGGGGCCACUGGUGAAGAAGCCCCCACUGGUGAAGAAGCGCCCACUGGUGAAGAAGCGCCCACGGGUGAAGAAGCCCCAACUGUUGAAGAAGCCCCUCCUGUUGAAGAAGCGCCUACGGGAGAAGAAGCCCCCACUGGUGAAGAAGCCCCCACUGGUGAAGAACCCCCUACGGGUGAAGAACCCCCUACGGGUGAAGAAGCCCCCACUGCUGACGCACCCACUGGUGAAGAAGCCCCCCCUGCUGACGCCCCCACGGGAGAAGAACCCCCCCCUGCUGACGCCCCCUCGGCGGACAAGCUGUGGAAAUAUAUUUUCAGCCCCCUGGACUUCUUCCACGCGAGUGAAGACGUGAGUCCCUACUUCGAAUACUACAUAAAAUUGAAGAAGAAGAAAAAAAAAGGGGGCCGUCGCUUGAUAUGUAAUUUGUGUGUAAAAUUUGCUAGCAGUAGAAAGAGCUACAGCAACGAUUACCAUCAUAAUAAAAAGUACACGAAACGGAUGAUGGGAGGGACUUACCGAAAUAGCAGCUACUACCCCUCGAUGUAUGACAUGAAGAAGAAGCCACCCCUUCUCCCAACUCCUCUAAAUGAAACAACCAAUGGGCACUCUGUUAAGGGUUCAUGUGGACAUGGUACGAAAGGUGGAGGGGGAACAAAUACCGGCAAGGGAACAGGAGGCAUGAGUAGUAAAGGAGGUCAUCUCCUAAACAAGGGGUCACCCAAUGGUGUAUAUAAACACUCCGUGCAUAGCUCCAACUACGGAUAUAAUCACCAGACAUCCUAUGGAAAUCAAAACUAUGGUAGCAGCAAGUAUGGGGGAGGAGGAAGCUACGGAAGUGGAAGCAACUACGGAGGAGGCAGUUACGGGGGAGGCAGUUACGGGGGAGGCAGAAGCUACGGAGGAGGAGGCAGCUACGGAGGAGGAGGCAGUUACGGAGGAGGAGGUAGUUACGGAGGAGGCGGCAGCUACGGAGGUGGCAGCUACGGGAGUGGAAGCCACUACAACGCACACAACUACAGCUCCCACAAUAAGUUUUACAGAAGUGACAAAAUGGGGAGGAGCACCACAACGAACAGCUAUGAUAACAGGAGGGACGACAAGGGGUUGAAGUACAGCAAGAGUGACAACCAGCGAUCGAAUCGGAACUCCAGUAGUGCCUACCACAGUGGUCCCUACGGCAGCGGUGGGGGCGGUGGAGAUGGCGGUGGCAGCGUGUCAAGCUUUCACGAGGCAAGCAGGGCGUACGGUAGCUCGGUGCACCACAGCAGCUAUGGGUACAACAGGUCGGCGAGGAACAUGAUGCAUAAGUCGAAUGAGCGGGGCGACAUGCGCGAGGAGUUAAGAAGUGACCCGCGAAGUGACCCGCGAAGUGACAUGCGAAGUGACAUGCGGAGCGAUAUGCGAAGUGAUCAGCGAAACGACCUACGAAAUGACCCACGAAAUGACAGCAAAGGAGUCAAGCGAAGGAGAGAUGACUCCUAUGAGACGAGAAGGGGACUCGCACCGGAGAGCUACACCCAUAAGCGCUACGAGAAAAGAGGAAGGAACAGUGACUACGAUAUGAAGAACCAUAUGGAUGAGCGAAGGAGCGACAACCACCACCGGGGGUCUAAGAUGAAUGCGGAGAUGCAGGAUCCCUACGCGUCCACGAAGGACACCACCAGCAAGUACUACGACGGAAGGAACUACCCCAUGAAUAACAACGUGAACAAUUCCGACAAGAAUGCGUGGAUGAUGCCCCCCCCACCCCCAGGUGUACCCCCCGUGUACGAUGGACAGGCCCACCAGAAAAUGACGAAUUAUUACACAGCGGAGGACUCCCAAAUCGAAAACGGAUCCAACGGACUGAAUUACAACUCGGGAGAGCUAUACAACAAAAAGAGCCUAUACUCACAGAGCAGGAGUUACAGGAAUAACUAG